AUGGCUGGAAGUGGAAAGUUGGAGGAUUCUCAGCCCGUGAGGGCUGUUGUAAAAAAAGUGCAUUAUCCUUUUUGGUUUGGUGGUUCUGCAUCAUGCUUUGCUGCAAUGGUCACACAUCCUCUGGAUCUUGUAAAGGUUCGCUUGCAGACACGCGGGCCAGGAGCGCCUACGACGAUGGUUGGAACGUUUGGUCACAUUCUUAAGCAUAAUGGAGUCCUGGGGUUGUAUAGUGGGCUCUCUGCGGCCAUCCUCCGCCAAAUAACCUACUCUACCACCCGCUUCGGAAUCUACGAAGAGCUCAAGUCCCGCUUCACCUCGUCCUCGUCACCACCCGGACUCCCCACCCUGGUCGCAAUCGCCUGCGCAUCUGGCUUAAUCGGCGGCUUCGCAGGAAACCCGGCCGACGUUCUGAAUGUGCGCAUGCAGCACGACGCUGCGCUCCCCGCCGCGCAACGGCGCAACUACAAGCAUGCUCUUCACGGAUUGGUGCAGAUGACUCGCACGGAGGGCGCGGCGAGUCUCUUCCGCGGCGUGUGGCCCAAUUCGACCCGUGCCGUGCUGAUGACGGCCUCGCAACUUGCCUCCUACGAUUCCUUCAAGCGACUUUGUCUCGAGAAGCUGGGAAUGUCAGAUAACCUUGUCACGCAUUUCACUGCGUCCCUGAUGGCCGGAUUCGUGGCAACAACCGUCUGCAGUCCCGUCGAUGUGAUCAAAACCCGCGUGAUGACCGCAUCACCGGCGCAGACCCGGAGUCAUAGCCUCCUGGGCUUGUUACGAGAUAUCUACCGCAAGGAGGGUUUCACAUGGGUCUUCCGCGGCUGGGUGCCUAGCUUUAUCCGGCUGGGUCCUCAUACCAUUGCCACGUUUAUCUUCUUGGAAGAACAUAAGAAGCUCUACCGAGCGUUGAAGGGGAUUUCGGGGGACAACACCAUCAAAGUAUAG